AUGCGUCUAGACCAUCCCUUCAUCAUUCAAAUUUACGAUGUGAUGGAUACACCAGAAGCUCUGUAUAUGGUUCUUGAACUUGUCGAGGGCGGUGAACUUUUUGAUCGCAUUGUUUCACUUGGCCAACUAAAUGAAUUGGACUCAAAGUUUUUCUUUCUCCAAAUGGCUAUGGCUGUUGAGUAUCUGCACAAUCAUGGAAUUACACAUCGCGAUUUAAAGGUAAUGUUAACAAUGAUUAUAUAUGCUCGUUUUCUAUUACUGUCAUAUGACUCUUAAUUUUUAUAACAACACUUUUCACUUAUUGUCCAUCAAAAAUGAACAAGUUUAAGUACUUUCUUUAUUUUAUGAAAAAAGAACACGUUUGGGAUUUCGUCAGUGAGAAUACUGCUUGGUUUUUUGUUUCACUUAAGUAGUUAGUCUUGCUAAAAUUUACUAAAACAAAGACUGAUUACAUAACUCGGUAACCAUUUAAGAAUGUGUACACUUGGUGUAUUAUGGCAACAGUACCAGGUAGUUUUCGAGAACAAAGUAUUUAUAAUAGAUUCACAUUAGUUACUCAGUUGUUGAGAAUCAAAUGUAUUAGUCAUCAUGUUAUUCAGGUAUUAUUCACUAAUGACUAUGCUUCGAUAGGAUUAGGAAAGCACUGUGAUUGCUUUCAUGUCUUGUUCAUGAUUCAAGAAAUCCUUUUUAAAGAAAAUAUUUAAAGUAAGCAGGGUUUUUCAUAACUUAAAGGAGUUUCACAGGCAGAGGUCAAGUUAUAUAAUUAUAUUUACUAGACAAGAGUAGACAUAUCACAAAACUGGUACGGCCGACGGUGAAUAGACUAGGAUCUUCUCGAAAUGCUGUCAUGUUGCCACGCAUUCAUAGCCUCUGCCAGGUAAAUCCUAUUCACUGCCUUCAUACGGUAAGGGUGUUCUUCAUAAAAGUUAAACAACGAAUGCGAAAGUCUGGUGCUUACAGUUGGACUGGUGGAUAUUCAGGUUUAUAUGGGGGAGCUGAAAGACCCUGAUUCCAAACAUGUGGUUGCCAGCAACCAUUGGAACGUAGCUCCUGAUUCUGUAAACCAGACUUCGAGUCGAAGACUUGGGGAUGGCGCCUUAAGACAAACGUCUG